CAAUCGACAUGAAUUGUGCUAGUUUACUGCUGGUAAUGGGUCUGGUCCUGCCUCUGGGAUUGUUGCUCAUUCGACCUACGAGCGGUGUUCCGAUCUUCGAUGACCUGGAUCCACCUUCAGUCUUCAAGGAUGUAGGCGGACUGGCGGAGCUUGCUUCCGCGCGGAGGAAACCCCCUAGACAGAUGCCACUGUCCAAAAAUAUGACACGCCAAGAACGUGUUGAAUGGGUCAAGAAUUGCGAGCUAUUUGGAGCUCCUUGUGAACUGGCUGAACAAUGCUGCACGAGAGUAUGCCUUGUGUCUACCAGGGAGUGCGGUGCCCCACCAUCCCCAAUGAAUCUUCAGUAGCUUUAAGCACCCAUGUUCAUGGCUCAAGAGUGA